UUGCUUCUAAGGGGACGCUUCACGCUUACCCCGUUGCAAACGAGAAAAUUCAAUCGAAAUUAAAUAAAGCACGUGUGAAACGUCCUCGAGUUUUACAGAACUAAUAUUUCGUGUGAAGAAAAACAAAAUUCCAAAUGUGCUUCCUGGCUGUCGUGCUUGAUUCCAUUGGCUUUUUCCCCACUGUGUUUACUCGUUUGUUCCAGCUUUUUUCACAAGCAUGAAAUGGCGCAAGUACUCCUAGAUUUUUCCCCUUAAAAAUGUACCCGAGAAAAGUCAGUUUUUUCGACCCUGACGACUCAUUGGGCGCUUUUUUUGGAGCAAAGAAAUUUGAGUUUAAACGGCGAUGGAAGGAAUUGCGUAAUCGACGCACGAAUAUAAAUUAAUAUUUAUAACGAAAACGUUUGCGUUUGUGACUUGGGAUAGAAGCUGUUGAAAAAAAUUGAUACGCCGUUUGUUUCGAGAGAACCGCGCCUCGAUACACGUGGCUGCGUCUCUUGGAACUCGGUGCUUUCGAUCUUAACAAAGCUGAAGUAACAGACUCGAGAUAUAAAAUUUCCACCAUCUUUCAUUUGCAUAAUGCGAGUGCGAAGGAAGAAAAGAUUGGGAGAAAAAGAGAAGAAAAAAAAAUAACGUCGAUCGGCAAGAACAAUCAUUUGUUUUGACGAGGGAACGCCGCAACUCCACACGUGCGUUGCACUUUGUUGCGUUCCCUCGUACGUCGUUGAAUAAAAGCAAAAAAAAGAUGCAUGCGGCUGCGCCCUCGGACGAAGCCGGGCGAAAGCCAGACCGAUCGAUAGGGGAUGCUAGAGAGACUCGAGAGAAAGAGAACAGUAGCACAAGAGAAGUGACAACACCUUUAACAGAUCACGUCUCCUCGACGAGUCGCAUUGUCAUUAAAAAUUCUCCGAGUGCUUUCCUCGAGGCUGAAAUUUUUUUAUUUCACUCCCGUCACGUCGGGGCGUUCAGUUUUUAUUUAGUACAUUUGAGAAAACGUGGAGAUACGAUUUUGCAGUGCUGCGCCAAAAGCCACGUGUUUAUAACUCGCAUUCGUGCCAUUCGUUCGGGAUAAUCGUCGACUCGGUUUUUUUUUACUGCAACGCUUUUCGAAAAUACUUGUGCAAGGACGAGCCAUUUCACUGAGCACAAAAGCCCCGCGCUAUUUUUCCUUUCAACGAUAUUAAUGGAGGGAAAAUUAUUGUACAAAAAGACGAUGAAUUUCUAUACGCUCGGAUAUCGUUACCCGGCGACGAGACUCUUUAAAUAGCUGCUUUACAAAGUCGUUACGACUGACGCCUCCUCGGUCCAAAGGUCAUCAGGGCCCCAGAGACACUUCCCACUCCGUUGCUCUUGCUCUCUCUCUCUCUCUCGGAACUCUGCAUCACUGGCAAAUGUUGUCCCGUACUCUGAGUGCUUUCUCUCAGCUGAGUUGCGAGAUCGCUGCACCGGCUGAAUCGGAAGCCACGAUAACCUCGGCUAAACCCCCAGGAAACGAAACUACCGUUCUAUGUAGCAACCGAGUGAGCCAAAUGACCAAGACCUAUAAUGAUAUAGAGGCAGUGACAAGGCUUCUGGAGGAGAAAGAGAAAGACUUGGAAUUGACAGCGAGAAUCGGUAAAGAGUUGCUGACGCACAAUCAGAAACUCGAGAGCAACGUAAAUUCGCUCGAGGCCGAAUUGAAAGCAGCCAAUGAAAAAAUAACACAGCUGAGUCAUGAGUUAAUAAAGAAGACCGAAUUGAUACAGAUAUUGACGAACGAUGUCGACGAGUCAGGCUCGGAAGCCGGCACGCCGACCGGUCUACGAGCUCUCAAUCUCGAUAUGCUGCAGCGGAGGAUAACCUCUUUGGAAGAUGAGAACAAACAGCUGAGGACCGAGUUUACGAAUCUCGUGCAUGAGACUGACGAUUGCGAAGAGCAGGAGGCCCGAUUGGUUAAGGAUAUUGCGGCACAAUUAGCAAGCGCAAACAUGGAAGUGGACGGUAUAGCGGACGAGCUUUGUCGUCAAAAGGAUGAGAAUCGUUUGCAACACGAGCAAAUAGUUAGUCUGAGCGCAAAGCUUGCCGAAACAGAGCUCAGACUCGCUCAACUGAUGACGGAGCACGACGAGGUCGGGGCGACUCUCGAUAUAACGCGAGAAAAUCAAAAUACUCUUGCCAGUGAGCUUGCCGAAUUUAAGGAUCGCUAUGCCGAGGUCGUCAAUCUUCUUACCGAGACCCAGGAACAAUUGAGAAAACAACGAAAACGCAGCAUGCCGACCGUUAGGGGUGGAUCGUUUUUCCCUUCUCUAGGAGCUGCUCCACAACCCGAUUCAAUCGCUUCGGAACUCGAAUCCUCGCUCUAUUCGGAACUGAGCUUGGACUCGGGAAUAGUGAAUGAUAGAAUUCCCACUUACAAAAAAGUAUUCGAGACCGUACGCAGCGCUUCUAGGACGUCUUACGGUGGCCCGGACGCGAAUCAAUUUCCCCGUAUCGGCUCAAUGACGACCUCGACACUGUCUAGCUCGUCGAUGGGUCCUCGAGUCAGUUCCAUUCCCCAACAACGAAUGCACGUGCCAACUGGUUUUCCGAGUCUCGAUUCGACCGGGCACAGCGACAGCGAGGGAUCGCUCAUCACUGAUUCGGAAGAAUAUCCUGGUCCACAGCCAACGGGUGUUCCUGGGGCUCCGGGAGCCGCGGAUCUCGAAGCGGCUCUUCGCCGUUUAACCCCCGCCGAGGUGAUAGCUCGACGAGCCUGCCUGAGCACCGGAACAGGCUACAAUUUCGAUUACGACGGUGGUGUGAUCCAUUCACCACCGAAUUUCUUGCCUUUCGGUUGUCGAACUCCUGACAGUAUAAUGUCGACGGGCAGCAGCGGGAACGUGAGUGGUUUCAGUGGGAGCAACAGCUGGAGAUUGCCAGAAAAAUUGCAGAUCGUCAAACCGAUGGAAGGUUCGCAAACGUUGCACCAUUGGUCGCAGCUUGCGACGCCAACUUUGGGCGGUCUCUUGGAAGAGAGGCCCGGAGUGAAGACACGAGGUGGUCGGGGCCUCGAGGAUCUGGGGCUUCAGACAUUCACCCUCGCCGAUCUCGAGGAAGACGAGGAGUACGCGAAUCCAGGCAAAUUGUUUCAGGACACGGGCUCCGUUUACACAUUUACAAACAGCACGGUUAUGCAUCCGGAAGAUCCUACGAGUGUGACGGAGAGUUUGAUCGGUUCUCGAGUCGCAACUGCGCCGAACAGCGCCAUGAAUUCGGGAAUGAACACACCGCGAACUCUCAGUCGCCGAAAUUCAACUUCGACUUUCUCGACUACUCUGGGACUAGCCAAAAUGUUGAACGAACGUGGUAUCAAAGCGGUGACACCUUCGUGCGUCGGGACGCCCAGCAGCGAGAGAAAUUUCACUCCGACCGCGACACCCUACAACAGUCCCGAUGGCAGUCCACCGGAUUCGAGAUCAAACUCGCCAGGACCUUACGAGAACUCUUCGCUCUCGUUCGGGCUCUUCAGCACCGGGGCUGAACUCUUGAAACGUACAUUUAGCGGCGAACCUUCACCUCCAACACCCAUAUCUUCCAAGACUCAAAGGAAAAAGAGAUCCAAACCCGCUCUCUCGAGGUCCGAUAAAAAAGCACUUUCGACUAUUCGCUUGGUUGAGAAACUCGAGAGAAUUGGCAUCGACACCAUCAUGGCAACGACCGCGAGUUCCUCCGUCUCGCCGCUCGCUCUCCAAGGCGGCCUUUACUCAAGACGCUCCAACGACAGCCCCAUGCAACAGUUGACUUUCCUCAAGAGCUCAAUGUCCACAGAAAAACUCGGCGGUUCCUCGUCCCUGUCGUCUUGCUCUUCGAACUGCGGCAGCAGCAUCGCCGGGAGCUCUUCUCGUGGCUCUUCCACCUCAAAAUCGUCCCGAGAUCGUCAAGCAGGCCCGGAUAACGGCCCGGCCGGAUUAUCCACGCGUCCCAACUCCGCUGGUCUCAAUUCGAGGCUUUCUCAAAUGUCACAGUCGCGACAGAGACGAGGCGGCGGCGGAGGUGGCACGACCAGGCCCGAUCUCGGGCAGGUUAAAUCCGCCAACAGUAAUUCAACGGUUCCCGUUUCUAAGGAAUCGGCUGCUCAAUCAGCGCUCGGUACAAUUAGCUCACUUCUCUUCGGUCGAAAAGGCGGAUUGCUUUAAAUCCGCUCUCACCACUGGAGUUUAUCGAUUUCUCGUUUCUUCGAGCCUCAAAUUCAACUUUUUUUUUCCUCCGUACAUAUUUCUUCGUUAUCAAUUCAACGAAAUACCUGACUCAAUAUUCCUUUGUCAUAUUUUCUCUUCGCGGACUUGGCAAAUUAUUAUCGAAAACAAAAACGUCGAAUAUUUUCUCGAACCAACGAGAAAUAUCGGUCUACUCCUACACAGAGAUACAGCAACUGGAUUAUUAAUUAUUUAUUUUUUUAUCUUUCAAUUGAACUGAAGGAAGCGCGUCAAAAAAAAAAUGCGUUACGAAAUUUUCGCGAUUGUGCUCCGCUUGUUCGAAGUUUCGAGCGUUCGAAUUCUUCGAACUAUUUCCUAUUGUACAUACGUGCGGGACGAUUAUUUUAACGCGAGUAUUCUCAUCCGUUUUUUUUCGUUCGGUCGUGCAUUUUCAUUUUUUUUUUUUUUAAUGAUUUAUCGAAAAUUAAUCUUAUUUUUCGAUUAUAUCGAGCGAGACUCGACUAUUUUAAUCGACGGCUGCCAAAUUUGUAUUCUUGUUUAUCUUUCAAGUAAUUCAUUUAUUUAUCUUUUUAUUUCAUCGGCCGAGCGCACUUAUCGUUUAUACAUCAUUAAUUUCGAAAAGAGAUAAUGAAAACACGAGCGGAUGGAUCGGGAUCCGAGGGCGUUCGUCGUAUUUCGUCAACAAAGAUAGAGCUCACGUCAAGCUACGCACGAAAACGCACGCCAGGACGAAACUAGUCACGUUGUAGAUGAAUAUACAUAAAUACAUAUAUAUAUAUAUAUUUACAUAUAUAUUUGCAAAGAGAGCUGAAUAUAAAGAAAAACGAUAACGAGAGAAAGAGGAAACAAAAUGAAAUACGAAAUAAAGUGCUUCGAAGGAAUUGCGACGAAUAACGAAGAGGCAAAUUAAGAAAAAAACGUGAUUAAAAGCGUUGCAGCAGGGUUCAUACUAAUUUGGGAAUUGGCGAAAAUGGUAUUAUUUAUUUAUUUAAAUUUACAACACGAGUAUCCGGUUGUGAAUGCAUUUUCCUUCAAUUACGAUUAAACAACUCUGGUAUUUUCUGUUGAAAGAAAAACGGAGAAAAAUCGUUUAACUCGUUUAACGAUUCUGCGAGCCCACGAAAUUUCGCCAGUUCCCAAAACUAAUCUUACGAUUGUACAGUGUGCAGAGAUUGAAAGGAGAGAGAAACGAAGAUGAGGGUGAAUAUAUGGAAAAAAAGAAAAAGAAAAAAAUGAAAAUCGAGUUUUAGAGGAACUCGAAACGGAUUGUAAAUAUGAUUCGCAGCUAGUGAGUUUAGGUAGAGAAGAUUUGUUAAUUAAUAUUUAAUUCACGGAUCUUUGCUCUUAAAGAAAACGAAAAAAGCGAUGUACAAGAUGAGAAUGUGUUUGCCCGUGUGUCUGUCCGUGCGCGAGACCAAUACUCUGCGUUAACUCGUUAUACAACAGCACAAAGAACAAGAUUUAGAAGAACAAGAGUUAAAAAAUGGGAUAAUGAGCAACAAAAUUGUAGUCGACGAUCGUGGGUUCGAAGUUCGGAGGGUAGGAUAGAGGUGCUUGGUGCUAAAGUUAUUUAUUCGUCUUUUAUUCAAAUAAUUAUCAUUUCGCUCACUCGUGACUUAGGGAGAAAGCUCCUUUUCAAUGAAUCACGAAAAAAUAAACGAAUUUCAAUACCCGUUGAAGUUUGAGAAACGAUUUUUGUUUCAAUCCAAAACGAAUAUAGGACGAGUUGUUUUUUCUUUUUCAUCCUUUGUUCCAAAGCCUAUCGCCGCCCCUUAAUGGCUCAAAAGCAAAUCAUUGUUGAACACGCUACUGUCAGUCUUUCAUCGAAGAAGAUUGUUGCAUUUAGCGAAAGGUAUUAUCGCCCCAAUUUAUUUUGUACAUACAUUGACAAACGUUUCGACUUAAAAAUAUCGUCCAUUCGAGGUAACUUCAUUUAUUAUUAUUUAUAAAUUCGAAAAAUGUGGUAGUGAAAACGUGAUUGAGUACCGAAUUUACACUGUAACGAAAGAAAACGAAGGAAUAAAAUAAAAUGUGAAAUUAUAAUAUAAUCGUUUUUUGAGCAAUCAAAGAUGAGGGAAGGAGAACGACGAAGCAGCAGAGAGGAGAAAGCGAGGGAGAAAGAUACGAUUGUGUGUAUGCGUGUGUUUCAUCACGGCGCAGACUUGUAUAUAGGACGUACAAAUUAAUAAAUUAAGUUGCAGAA